GGGGCGGGUCCUCGGGGCGGCGAGCGCGGCGUCCCCCGCUCCUCCCGCGCGCGGCCCCUGGAGUCCCGAGGCGCGCGGCCAGCCCAGCUCGGGCCGCCGCACUCGGAGCGGCUGGGCGGCCGAGCUAGCGCGGGCCGGGCUGGGUCGGGGUCGGGGCCGGGGCGGGGGGCGCCGCCCCCAGCGUCCUCCUGCAGCCCCUGGAGCGAGGAGCCAGGGAGAAGACGAGGCUGAGCGGGGCCGGAACCAUGAACCGGAGUUUCCACAAGUCUCAGACCCUGCGCUUCUACGACUGCAGCGCGGUGGAAGUCAAGAGCAAGUUUGGGGCGGAGUUCCGAAGGUUCUCCUUGGACCGUCAGAAGCCGGGGAAGUUCGAAGACUUCUACAAGCUGGUCGUGCACACGCACCACAUCUCCAACACUGAUGUGACCAUCGGCUAUGCGGACGUGCACGGGGACCUGCUGCCCAUCAACAACGAUGACAACUUCUGCAAGGCGGUCUCGAGCGCAAACCCUCUGCUCCGGGUCUUCAUCCAGAAACGAGAGGAGGCGGAGCACUGCAGCUUCGGGGCCGGCUCGCUGUCCCGCCGGAGGAAGCCCCUGGCGCUGCGGGAGGACGGCCCCCGCCGGCGCGCACACCUGCACAUCGGCCUGCCGCACGACUUCCGCCCCGUGUCCUCCAUCAUCGACGUGGACAUCCUGCCCGAGACGCACCGCCGCGUGAGGCUGUACAGGCAUGGCUGCCAGAAGCCCCUGGGCUUCUACAUCCGUGACGGCACGAGUGUGCGCGUCGCCCCGCAGGGGCUGGAGAAGGUGCCCGGCAUCUUCAUCUCGCGCAUGGUGCCGGGCGGUCUGGCCGAGAGCACCGGGCUGCUGGCCGUGGACGACGAGGUCCUGGAGGUGAACGGCAUCGAGGUGGCCGGGAAGACGCUGGACCAGGUCACGGACAUGAUGAUCGCCAACAGCCACAACCUCAUCGUCACGGUCAAGCCGGCCAACCAGAGGAACAACGUGGUGCGCGGUAGCCGCGCCUCGGGCAGCUCGGGCCGCUCCUCGGACAGCGCGGCCAGCCGCCACAGCCUGCCCGCCGCCCCCGCGCCGCUGCACCUGCAGCCCGACGACGCCGACAGCGACGACGAGCCCGACGUGGUGCUCGAGGGCGUCCUGGAGCCGCGGCCGGGGCCCAGGCCGCCGCCGCCGCCGGGCAGCCAGGCGCGGGUCAACGGCGCGGGCCCGGCGCACCGGCUGCUCAGCUCCCUGCGCGCAGACCCGCGCCAGAGCCUGGCCCUGCCGCUGCCGCCGGGCGCCGUGGAGGAGCACGGCCCGGCCGUCACGCUGUAGCCCCGGGCGCCCUGCGCGGCGCUCGUCGGCUGGAGUCCGGCCGAAGGUCAGGAGGGAACGGAGACUCCGCCCUUUUGUUUUGAUCGCCCACACCCCGCGCGUGACUCGACCUUAGGAUGGAAAAGACAAAUGCUAUUUUUAGAGACUUUCUCCACGGAGCAUAAAAUGCACACGCCCGCAGUCCGUACCCAGCCAGACACACGUCCCGGCACUCCCGCGACCAAGUGCAGAAAAUGUUGCAGUUUCGAGAAUACUUUUAUAAGCGAAGCUUUAAAAGUACUUUUUUAAAGACAGUACACCGCGCUUUUAAUGUGACUCGUGCAGACGCAGCCAGUUCUUACUGAGCUCCGCUGCCUUGCACGCUCCGCUGAUGGGCAGGACGCCACCCGAACCUACAAGACGUAUGACUGUAGACCAUGAAUUUCAAAUUUCCACAUUGCUGAUAGCUGUACUUCAGAUAGCCGGGGGGUGUUGGACUCCCAAACAUCCCCGGGGAAGAAGAGCUGGCCUGAAUCAGUCAGGGCCUCGCAGGCAGGCGGUCAGAGGGCAAAUGCCGGCUCUGCUGGAUUGGAAGGGGACGCUCAGCAAUACUUUUGUGACCAAAAGCCAAUAUUUACUCUGUCUUUUCCUGUGGACUGAUUGAAUCUGAGGGCAAUUUUUGAAAUAUUAUCAGCAGAAAGGAUGGAUAAGCCUACCACACACCUCCAGCCAGGCCUUUGAAAGCUCAUAUUCAUUUGGAUGUAUAGUUUCUGUUGUCUUUGUUUUUAAAUAACAAGUCACCUGGAACUUGAUUUUUAACACAGAAUAAAUUCAUUGUCACUUCCCCUCGAUCUUCCAGCAAUAUUUAUAUAUUUAGUAAUUUUAAAAGUUUAUUCAUGUUUGAUCCAGUUUUAUAUGAAGUCUAUUUUGCUUGAA